GACCUUCUUUCAAUUUUCAUAUUUUAUUACUUGUUCUAAUAUAUAGCCAUGGAAGUAAACAAAGUGGAAGAAAAUCCUGCCUGUCUGGAUAUUCUAUCAUCACAAAACCUUCAUUUAACGGAAGAAAUGGAAGUAAACGAAGUGAAAGAAAAUCCUGCCUCUCUGAAUAUUCUAUCAUCACAAAUAGAAGUUAACAAAGUAGAAGAAAAUGUUGCCUCUCUUAAUAUUCCAUUAUCACAAAACCUUCAUUUAACUCAAGAAAAUAGUAGAAAUCAUUUGACACAUGAUGAUGAUGAUGACAAGCAAUGGAGGAGGUUAGUGGAGGAAUUAGAGGAAACAAUUAGAUACAAAUUCAAGAAUCCUAACUUGUUGCAUGAAGCAUUUACUCACCCUUCCUUCCAACAAAACAACAAAUCAUAUGAGAGAUUGGAGUUGUUAGGUGACUCUAUUCUAAAUAUGUUAAUAACCAAAAAACAAUUUUUUGAUUACCCUAAUCUGCCUCCCGGAAUGCUAACAAAGUUGAGAUCAGCCAAUGUAGAUAAUGAGAAACUUGCUAGAGCCGCGAGCAAAUACAAUUUACAUAACUAUUUACAUCACAAGAUGACUUUAUUUGAAGGACAAGUAAAAGAAUUCAAAGAUGCUAUAUUGGAGUACCCAUUGCAUUCACUAGGUCUGGUUGAUCCCCCAAAGACUCUUGCAGAUAUUGUCGAAUCUUUGAUUGGUGCCAUCUCUAUUGACUCUGACUGCAUGAAUACAACUUGGCAGGUGGUUAAUUUUUUGUUGGAACCUCUAAUUACUCCAGAAAAACUGGAGCUUAAUCCAAUUACAAAAAUGUACGAGUUAUGUCAGAAGAAUGGAUUAAAGACAAGAUUCGUUGAUAAAUGGGCAGAAUGUGGAGAGUUUGAAGUUUACGUUGACGAACAACUUGUCGGGAGGGGAAAAUCAAGUGGGAAAAAAAUAACUGCAAAAAAUAGGGCUGCGCACAAUGCAUAUUUCAAAAUUCUACAAAUUUUGAGUGAGAAAGCCACUAUUGCUAAUCGUGAUGGAAUAGAAACCUGAAAAAUUAUAGGAAAUUUGCAUAAUUUGACUCGAUUUUAAAGAUUUCAAUGAAAAUAUUUUACCAACAAGUCGCUUUGA